AUGUUGGCUUUCAUUCGUGCUAAAGCUGUCAGCACAUUUAGUGGGUUUGGUAGUUCAUCGAUGCCACCAACGAUCCUUACGCUGCAAAUGAUUAUUGAUUAUGCUGUAGAAGAAAAUUGGAAACAAGUUGUUCUGUUUGAUUGCAUUGGAAAAAAUGAUUGUACUCGACCUUAUGCAACACCACUUAUGGAAUGUCUGAAACAAAAAGGUAUCCAUACAUCCAUUAAGACCUUGUCUGAAACUACAGAUCUAUCAACAGUUUUGAAAAUUAGAAUUCAUCGAAUUGGUGUCAUUCUUCUACUUGAUGAUAUAGAUUUGAAUUCGGAAGACAACUUAUUACGCAAGAUUAUGCUUAAUAAUAAGAAUGAAAGAAUAUUCAUUUUGGGAGAAUAUAUCUCAUGGCUUUUAGUCAGCACUAAAUGGAAUAAUACAGAAAUUUUUAAUGCUGUUCAAUACUGGCCUAUAGGAGUUGAUAGUGAUGUGACUAUUUCUAUGUCAUUUCUGUCGUCGAACGUAAUCCUAUCUAUUUUCCGUCAAUUUUUCAACAAGACCUGUAAAAGCUUACACAAGUAUGGCCAACGUUAUGAUUACGAACGGUUAAGCCGGAGUCAAAGUAUUUCACCACCAGAAACGUAUUUUGUGCAAAAUACUGAAAGUAUAUCACGAACAAUAAAGGUUUUUUAUACUGUAUCUGUUUACAAAAUACGUGUAGAAGGUAAUGCAAGUCUCAUCAAAGAACGCUGGAAUACCUGGAGUCCAAGUCGAAAAUUCACAGAUAAAAUUAGUUUGAAUCGACUCCGAAAUAAUCUAGCUGGUUCUGUCAUGAAUUUUGGACUCCAAAAUAAUAGUAUAUAUUAUGGAAAAGAUGAUGAUUUAAGAGUCACUGGAGAUGGGGAUCAUGCUAGCAGCCUUGAGACUCUUAAAGAAUUAAUAAACCUUUUCGAAAAAUGCCUCAACGUUACCGCAAACGUUACUAUUUAUGUUUCUCGUGAAACGUCCAAAGUACUUACAGAAAACAAUGACAUAGUACAAGGAAUUGCAGGUGGAGAUAUUGACGUUGGUGCUGCAUACUUUGACGUCGAAAUCGAUCGGAAUAAGCUGCUGAGUUUCACGUAUCCAAUCGUCCGCUUCACCAGGUGCAUCUAUUACAAGGCUCCAGACUCUGCGAGGAAUAUUUUUUUGCAGCCAUUUAAUAAUCAAUUACUACUAUGUGUAUUACUUACUCUUAUGCUUAUUGUAAUGGUAAUGGAAAUAAUAAAUUACGUAACACUUAUCAUUCAUUGGAAUGAAGAUCUCGAGCAUUUUGGCUUAGGAGAAGCCACACUUUGGUGUCUUAGCAUCAUAUGCAUGCAAGGUUCUCCUUGGAUGCCUCGAACAAGAGCAGGCAAAGCCGUGCUUCUUUCUAGUCUUGUAUUUGCUCUUAUUAUCUAUAAUUCAUAUUCAGGAUUUAUAACAUCUAUUUUAUCAGUAAAAGUCAACACGAUCAAGAAUAUAACAGAUUUUUUCCACUUUGACUACGUAUUUGGCUACAGUAAAAUUGAUGAAGCCUAUAUAACCACAAACACUGAUUUGCGAAGCUUUUAUGUAAAAGCCCUAGAAAGUAAUGAAAUCAAAGUACCUGAGAAGAUAGGCUUGGAAAAAGCUAUCAAUGGAAGCUAUGCUUUUUUCGUCACUGAAACUGUUGCUAAACGUAUGCUGAGAAAUACGUUUAAACACAAGAGAUGUCAAUUAGUUGAGCUACGAACACAAACUCCUGGAACAUUAGCACUACCUAUUUCUAACGACAGUCCCUAUAAGAAGAUAAUUGACAUAAGUAUUCUACGCAUGUGGCAGUAUGGGAUAUUACCAAAAAUAGUACUACGCAUUAAGCCCCCUUUAUUAGACUGCAAUGGUAUCGUUGAAUUCAAUAAGGCUAGAUUCGCUGAUGUCUAUGGAGCUUUUUGUAUUCUUGGAGCUGGUAUUGUGAUUUCUCUUGGUAUAUUUUUUAUGGAACGGACUUGGGCAAGCAAGCGACGACUAACACUCAUACAAAGGCACAUUAAAGGCACUUCUCAACCGUCUCUUCGUCACAAGAACAAAAUUAUAGUCACAGCCAGAUUACCCAUGAAAAUUAUUGGUAUUGAUCGUGAAACUCAUCCAUUCCAUGAUCAGCCAAAAAAAAUCAGCAGCAGUCUCAAGUCACUUUUGUCCAUAAGAUCCAUAUUAUACUGCAGACGCAACCAAUUGCAAAAGCCCUGGCAAUCCACUUCAAAUAGUGUAAGAAAUCAUUUUUUCAAGCAGUUGACUGCAGAUUAA